AUGGUUGUUGCUCCAAAUAGGUAUCUCACACAUGGUUCCUGGGCAUUUCUCUGGCCGGCGCAGUUACUCGUUUUACGGAUUCGCAAACGACAAAUACCGUUCAAGAACCUUCUUCGAUCCCAUGUGUCUCUUCUUCGGUCAACACUUGAUAUGAUACUACAAGCGGAUCGCAGUAGCCACCCUCAAGAUGUGGCCCAUCCCUUCUAUUAUCUACUAAGAUGCAUCGCCCUGGUAACUACUGCUCUUACGAUAGCUGGGUCGACUUGGUAUAUCGCCGUGAAUUUGACAACACCAUCAGAUCUAACGGCAAUUUACAACUGCAGCGCAUUUUUUGCAUAUGCUUUUUCGAUUCCGCUGCUACGAGAGAAGCCUCAAGCAGAUAAAAUUAUCAGCGUCAUGAUUGCUGUCGUCGGUGUCCUUGUGGUUGCGUACGGUGAUAAUACGAACAAACAGGAACAGGAUGGCAGUGCGAACACUAGGUUGGGGGGGAAUAUGCUGAUAGGGGUAGGCAGUGUCCUCUAUGGACUCUAUGAGGUACUGUAUAAAAAGCUACUUUGCCCCCCAAGCGGCACAAGCUCGGGCAGAUCAGUUAUCUUUUCGAAUACCGUCUGUGCAUGUAUUGGGGCGUUUACCUUGCUUAUCCUUUGGAUUCCGCUGCCACUACUACAUUGGACCGGAUGGGAGACAUUCGAAAUACCUACAGGCGAGACCGCAAAGCUACUUAGUAUAUCAAUAUUCGCAAACGCUGUUUUUAGCGGAUCAUUCUUAAUCCUAAUCAGCUUAACGAGCCCCGUUCUUAGUUCCGUUGCGGCGCUACUCACAAUCUUCCUCGUUGCGAUUACCGAUAACAUUCUCUUUGGUAGAGAGCUAACGUCUGCUGCGAUUAUUGGCGGAUUACUGAUUAUUGCGGCCUUUGGCCUCCUCAGCUGGGCAACAUGGAAGGAAAUGCGGGAGGAGAGUGAAAAGGAGGCAACUGACUUAACAUCAGAUAUCGAGGACCAUGAUGAUUAA